AUGGGAAAAGAACAGCUUGACCUUCAGUUUCUGGGUUUCUUUGGCAUCUUCAAAGAAUCCAUUAAACUCAUACUUUUAGGGAGAAAGAUAUAUAACAAAAUUGCUGUAACGAGCAUCAUCUUAUUUUCUUUUACCAUCCUUGCUUACAUUCAAUUCUUCGAUCGCCAAAUUUUCGGUGUUCUAAACGAGGAAGCCCGCUUGUCUCAGACCUCAAAGAAUGAUUCCAAGCAUCGAGAGGUUUUUAGUGUCGCCUCCCUUGCAUGGACUGCUAUUUUGCUCCUCAAAGUAACCUACUUCAGUUUUGCCUUUUCGCCCUACUCCCUUUCAAUACAUGAAAUUGCCUAUACCAUAGCAUGCAUAUACACAGCCAAAGAAAGCACCAUUACGAAGGUUACGAUCGUUGUCCCAAAGAUUGGGAGAAGACUUGCCACUUUUUUCUCUGGCUAUGCCAUUAUGUUGCUUUACUGCAUUGUUGCAGCAGUACUCUUCCUGUGCGUAUAUAUUUUUGUAGAUAAUACCAUUGGAUAUGCGAUCGAAGUUGUUCUUAUGGUCUUAUACGUGAUUGGGUUCAUGUAUAUAAGGAUCAUUUGGGUUUUGGCGAACGUGCUAACAGUGUUGGAGGAUGUAUAUGGAUUUCAAGCCAUGAUUAAGAGCAAGGCCUUGAUAAGGGGAAAGAUGGCUGUUGCUAUUGCUUUGUUCAUCUUUCUUUCCAUUUGCCUCGCAACAAUUGUAGUGGUUUUUGAGGAUUUUGUCGUGCUGAAGAUGGCACCCUGUAUGGCAAUUAGACUUGGGGUUGCAAGUCUUUGCUUUUUGUUUCUGCUCAUGGUGAUUCUGUUUGGUCUUGUUGUCCAAACUGUGAUCUAUUUCGUUUGCAAAUCAUUUCACCAGGAAGACAUUGAUAUGUCCUAUUUAGCAGGUCAUAUUGUGGUUGAUCUUGAAAUGCAUGUUCCUCUGAAGGCCAAGGAUAUCCAAGUAGGGGAGCUUCAUGUGUAG